GACCAUCGAGCCAGCUUGAAGCAGCCUAUCACCACCAGAGAACAUCCACCACAUCUCACUGCCAACACUCUCCCCAACUAGCUGGACUCAAAUCGACCAAUCAGGAAGGAUGCUCGCCCAAAACAACAAGAAAAACAGGAACAAAAAGGGUCUCGCCCUUGGGGCCGGUGCCAGUCCAACCUCACUCGGCGGAUCGAAAGCUGAGAAAAUACGCCCUGCUAGGUCAACCUCCCUCGCUGUCGAUUCUUGUUCAGCAUCCUCUAAUUCAACUACUACCGCCUCUGCUUCAUCCCCAUCCUAUCAAAUACCUACUAGUUCAAACCGAACAGACUAUCAUGACAAACUAACCGAGCAAUUGGCCACUCUCGAGAUCGGACUCGAAUUCAAACUCGAUCUACAUGCUGAGGACCUACAACUGUUGGGCGAUCUAGGCGCCGGGAACGGUGGAACAGUUUGCAAAGCGACCCAUCUACCCACCAAAUUAAUUAUGGCCAGGAAGCUCGUCCACAUCGAUGCCAAGCCAUCAGUAAGGAAGCAAAUACUCCGAGAACUUCAAAUCAUGCACGACUGUCGGUCCCCUUACAUCGUCUCAUUCUAUGGAGCUUAUCUUCAAGAUCCACAUAUCUGUAUGUGUAUGGAGUUUAUGGAUAAAUCUUCACUUGACAAUAUCUACAAAAAAACCGGACCGAUUCCUGAACCUGUCUUGGGAAAAAUCACUGUGGCCGUCGUUUCUGGUCUCAAUUAUCUCUAUGAUUCGCAUCGCAUCAUUCAUCGCGAUGUCAAGCCAUCCAACGUGCUAUUCAAUUCUCAAGGACAAGUCAAGAUUUGUGAUUUUGGUGUCUCGGGUGAAUUGAUCAACUCGAUUGCCGAUACUUUUGUUGGUACUAGCACAUAUAUGAGUCCAGAGCGCAUCCAAGGGGCCCAAUACACGGUCAAAUCUGAUGUCUGGUCUUUAGGGAUUACACUCAUUGAAUUGGCGCUAGGAAGAUUCCCGUUUUCUGAAGAGUCAGACGAUUCAGAUGAUUCAGGGACAGAAGAGCAUACAUUGAGUCCGACUAAACCAUCAGGACAAAAUGUUCAACUCAGUUUAGACGCCGCUUUUCAGAAGAGGGAAGAACGUGAUCGACAAAGACGAGAAAAGAGGCGGGCGAAGAAGGAACAGGAAACCCUAGAGCUUGGCGUCGAUUCGGGCCGUAAUCAGAAGAAGAAAAAGGGUGCGAGUGGUGUCAGUUUGGAGGGGGGAUCCGCCCAAAUGAGUAUCUUGGAACUACUCCAGCACGUUGUCAACGAGCCCGCACCUAAACUGCCUGCAGAUCGAUUCAAGAAACACACAUGCGACUUUUUGGAUGCUUGUCUUCUAAAAGAGCACGAUGCAAGACCGACACCAAAAAUGUUAACAGACUUUGACUGGUUCAAAUUUGCCGCUGAAGAUGAAGUCGAUCUGGUCCAAUGGGCUAGUACUCUCGCAUUGUAAUCAAUUGGCCAUGAUUUUUAUCUUGUACAAGGCAAAAUUUCUUCACAUCACCCUUUCAUCUUUGAUGACAAUUAUUUAUAUGUUUUCUUUUCUCUCUCUUUCUCUCUCAUCUAUUUAUUUCUCUACAGGCAUCAUGUUUUCUCUCUUAAGGUUCUACUGUAAAAAUCUACUAUUGACUGUUCUUUGAUUAUUUGUUUUUUAUAAUGCAACCUCAUAUAUAUUCUAUCUUUUCUUUUCCUUUUGUGGUUCAUUUGGUUUCAAGUUUUCCUUUCUCUUGUUAGUUGGGGUGACAACUCAUUUGCUUGUUUACUUGGUUGGAGUUUCUGAAACCACUCAAAGCUCUAGAAGCCAUAAACA